AAUGUCGUUGUUUAAAGCCCGUGAAUGGUGGUCUGCAGGUAGAAGGGAGGAAACUAGUAGUUCUCUUUCAGUUGGAACUCUAACAGGAGGCGAACAGGGUAACCAACAGAUUAUUGUUGGAUCUCUGACUGGUUUGCUACAGGUUUAUCAACCAACUGCCAGGCAGGAUCAAGGAUACAGUGUUGAAGAUCUAAUGCUAGAACAACGACUAGGAGCACCAAUCCUCCAGCUGAAAUGUGGAACUUUUAUGUCAGGUUCCCAGUCUGGAGGAUCUCAACAGCUAGCUGUCCUGCACCCUAGACAGCUGUCUGUAUUCUAUCUGUCUAGAAACCAGGGAACAGAUGCACAGGGAGACAGUUAUGCUUUGACACUUGUUUAUCAACAUAUCCUUACUAGAUCUUCUUAUUCUUUUGUAACUGGGUCCUUCGGGGGAGGACAAACCAGAGAGUAUAUUGCUGUGUUAUCACUAGAUGGAGCUAUUUCUAUAUUUGAACAGGAUUCUCAUUCAUUUACAAGAUAA